UCGGCGGCAUUAUUAAAAUAUUAUAUUAAUUGCUAAGUUGACAAACAUUGAAUUUUUUUCUCAAUAACAUCAGUGAUUUGUAGUUUUUAUAUUUUGGAUCGAAUUAUUUAAUUUCGAAAACCGGUAUUUAACUGUUGUUAAAAUUGAACGAAUUUAAUUAUGUCGCCAAAAAAACGACGUGGAGGGUCACGAGGUCGUGGUAGAGGUAUAACGAAAAGAAGAGGUCCAAAGCCACGUCAACCUUUGUCUCCAGAUACUCCUACUGCAGAUGAUACUGAUGCCGAAGGUACAUCCACAGAUGGUAAUGUGUCGUUCAAACAGGCAAUGUCACCUCCACAGUCAUCAAUCAGAAAAAAACAUACUGAUUACAGUGAAGAAAGAGAGCUGUCAUUACCUCGAUUAAAACCUACUGUCAUUCCAGAAAAUUCUACAUUCCUAUCAAUGCUGGACCGUGAUAACAAAUCUGACUAUAUAAUGACAGAUGACGAAUUGGACCAUAUUCAAUGGGAUCUUGAAGCAAUGCUAACCAAUGUAAUCGUACGCAGAAAUACAAUAAGAGAUGAGCUAAGCACUUUUGCAUCAAUGCAGUUUGCUCGUUCUCUACAUAGGAUGGCUAAAAACCCUAAACUUCCUACAAUUAGACCAAGAGCUGCUGCAGAAAUAUCACCAGUGAAUGAAUGUCGUAAGAUGAAGGUUGAAUUUGAUCCUACUAGCAAAGAAUUACCACCAAGCAAAACUGAAUCAGCAAAUAAAUUUUGGUUACUGGUUGAACCAUAUUUAGCACAUGUAAAAAAAGAAGAUCUCAAAUGGUUAGAUGACCUAGUUAAAUCGUAUAGCCCUAGUAAAAAAUUGUAUGAAAUACCACCUUUGGGUGAACAUUAUGCAAAGAAUUGGGCUAAAGAAGAGCUAGAAAUGCAAAAACACCAGUCAUCAUGUUCUCCACGUCCGCCUAAAAAACUUAAAUUUGCUGAACGUAUACCCCCUGAUGUUGUAGAAUUAGUGGAAAAAGCUAAUGCUGCUAUACAUGAUGGUAAUGUAUACACACCAGUUUAUCAAAGAGUUAUCACAGCUCUUUUGGAUCAUUCAAAUUUGUCUAUAGAGGAUUCUGAAGAUAUGUUCGCAGAAUAUGAAGAUGACGAAAAACCACAAGAAAUGAGCAAUGUUUGUAAAGAAUUUUAUGCAGAACAAAGUGUCAAGAAACAAUUGAAUAAAUUAGGACUCAUUGGUCGUAAUUCUAAACCGGUACCAACACCAGAAGAAUUACUACCUUCUUUGAGUAUAGCUGAUGAGGAAAAUGAUGAAGUUUUAGAAGAAUUAGUCAAGUGUGAUAAUGCAUUAACUCAAUUAAGAGAAAUGAACAAAAACCAUUUGACUCAUUUAUUGGGAAGAUGCCGUAAAGAUUAUUAUCAACAAAUUAUAAAAAAUAAAAUUGAAAAAGUAAACAAUGAGAUUUUAAAUUUUAAAACACAGCAAAAUGAAUCAUGGUCAAAGGAAAAAAAAAUUGCUCAAAUGUCUGAAGAAAAUGAUGAACUGCAUUUUUUAUUAAACCAACGUAGCAAUUAUCUAGGACAAUUGCAGUCAGUAGCAUCCGAAUCCAAUAAUUUGAACUUAAGCCCAUCUGUUUCAGAUGAUUCAGAAUCUAGUGAUGAAGACUGUGAAGCAUCUAAUGUACAUAUUAAAACUGAACCAUCUGAAAAUGAUACUAGUGUAAAAAUGAACAACCUAAUAAAUGAUGAAUGUCAAGCUGAAGAACGUAUUGAAAUUAAUAUUAAACAUGAAAUUAUUGAUGAGAAAAUGGAUUUUGAAGAAGCUAAUGACAAUAAUAAGGGUGUAGAAUAUGUUGAAAAUGUUAUUAACGAAGAAGUUCAUACUGAAGAAAUAGAAAUGACUUCACAUGAAGAAAAUCAAAUAGAAAAGGAUAAAGAAGGCAAAAUUAACCAAGAGGACCUAACAGAAUUACAAACAAAUGUUAAGGUCAAUCCACUUGUUCAGAUUAAAGAAGAAGAAAGUGGUUGUUCAGAGAAAUUUACUAGUGAACGACGACGUAGGAAGUCUAAAAAAUGUACUUCAGAAAGCGAACAGACUUCUAAAAUUGAAUCAAGAAAACCAAUUAAAAUUAAACAGGAACCUGCUGAUUAUGAUCUAGAAUUAGAUCCUUCAGAGGAUAUAAUUGAUGGUGUUAAAAGAGAACUUCGACCUCGAAAGUUAAACGAACCACAUAUUUAUUUUGAGCCAUAUGAUGGUUCUACAAGCGAAGGAAGUGAUUUUACUGAUCUGUCAGAUUAAUUUUAAUACCAAGCAUGCAAAAAGUUACACAUUAACAACUUCAGUAUAGCAAAGGUCUCACUAUUUAUAAUAUAAUAAGUUUAAUUUGAUUGAUUUUUUCAUCUUAACAACAUGUACACAAUUUUAUUGUAUCAAAGUAUAAGAUUAGUUAUGUAAUUUAAAGUAAUAAUAAUUAAUAAGAGAUAAAAAUGCAAUAUUUUACUUUCAUUUUUAACCCCAUAUCAUACUGACACAUAGAUUGUUAUGUAUAGUAUCAUACAUGCAUGGUCUGUCAAGUGCAUUACCCAUUAAUCAUAAUUCAUUUUUGUGUUUAUUUUUUGUAGUUUUUAAAAUAACAAAUAGUCUAAUACUAUAAAAUUGUAUUUAUAUAGCCAUUAACA